AUCAUGUGGUUUGUGAAGAGGAGUUUAAGUAUGCCAUGCUGGCCCUGAACUGUGUGUGUCCUGCUACCUCCACCCUCAUCACCCUAUUGAUCCACUCCUCUAGAGGACAGUGAGUACACACACACACACACACACACACACACACUUUCUCCCAUGGGCGUGGGUGGUACCAGACAGAGGCAGUGAAGUAUGUCCUUUGACCUAACAGAUGCUGUGUACAUUGAGCUGUACACAGCAGAUUAAUCAUGGUAGAUAGACUACUGACCUACCAGACCAGUCAUGAGCCUCUAUCUGCUGCCCCCCCCCCCCCCUUUCAGAACAGCGUCCCCAGAGGCCUUCAGGCAACGUGCAGGAGCCUUCCAGCCCCUUAACAGGUCAGUGUGUGUCACUGUCCUCCUAAACCACCGACAACCCCCUCCCCCCCCUUCCGUAUCCCUGAUGUGCGGUGACAUUAACUCAGUCAGGCAUGCUGUCCCCAUGUAACUGUCCAUUUAUUAUUUACAGCCGACAGUUGUUUCUGUAAUGCAGUCCUUCUCACAUCACCGCCCACGCACAGCCACACUCUCCGUUCCGUCCCGCACCCUUCUAUUUCUCACCUCCUGUCUCUCAAUUCAUCCUUUCUAAAGGCUGUCAAAGUGAACACAGCCCAUGUGUAUUGCUCUGAUAGUGUCUGUGUCCCUGUAUGUGUCUGAGUACUGGCUAAACUUGAUUGGUUUCUGACACGGUUGUAAAUCGUUAACACUGCAGCCUUGAGGGGAAGUGUCUUUGAUGUGAGGUUGAUGCUGAAAGGAAAGCUGUGUACACCACUGUUUAAAAGGUCAACUCUGUCCCCUCAUGACCAAUUAAUUCCCUGAUCAUGUCUCAGGGAGGGCGGGACCUGCUCGGCUGACCAGUGGCAGCGCACCUACCGCCGCUGCUCGGCCAAUGAGGUGCAUCACAUUUGCCUGGAGGAGAGUAAGUUCUUUGGGGAGUACCAGGGGAAGAGUUUCACCUUCGCCUCCUUCCACGCACACAAGAAGUGAGUCAAUAAGCAGACACACACAAGCACACGCACGCACACACACACACACACACACACACACACACACACACACACACACACACACACACACACACACACACACACACACACACACACACACACACACACCACACACAUUUUAAAUUUUUGUCAUUUAGCAGAUGCUCUUAACCACACACACCUACACACACACACACUUCCUGUGUCUGAUCCUCUCCUCCUCGGUCAGGUAUGGUGUGUGUCUGAUCGGAGUGCGGAGGUUGGACAAUGCCAACAUCCUGCUGAACCCAGGUCCCUGCCACAUCAUGGGCGGCUCUGACACCUGCUUCUACAUCAACAUCUCCAAGGAGGAGAACUCAGCUUUCGUCAGGGGCCACAGAGAGCCCACGCGGGGGGGGCCCAAGGGCAGUGACAGGGGGGUGGGGCCCCAGACCAUCUACCAUGGACUCACCAGACUGCCUGUCCACAGCAUCAUCGCCAGCAUGGGUCAGUCAGUCUCACUGAGACACAGUUAAACUCAGAUCCUUUGUCUAGCAUAAUGUUUCUUAAUAUACAAUUCUGACUCACUGUCAUCACCACUGUGAAUAUUUCCUGAUCCAUGUACAUGGCACAGAUUAGGCACAGAUAUGUUUUACAUUUAGAUCCACAAUAGGCAGAUGUAAGAAGCCUAACAGUUGUAUGAGGAAUAAAACGGUAUCUGAUUGUAUGUCUCUGAGUGAAAUGUCAGAUGUAAAUAUAUCUGGCAUUUAGGUUUCCUUUUGUUUUAGAGACGUUUUACAACCACACCACCUGGUGGGGAGCACUGGGAUUUCUGGUUCUCAAAGAUUGAAAGUAAAAACGUUCCCUAGAACAAACACAGACACGGAUGCAAACAUAGCACACAGGGCAAGCACAGAUCCAGAAUCAGUACUAUUUGGCUUUGUGAGAGAACAAUGGUACUCCCAGUCACAGCACAUUGGUACUCUCACAAAGCCAAAUAGUACUGAUUCUGGAUCUGUGCUUGCCCUGUGUGCUUAAUUUGCAUCUGUAUCUGUGUUUGUUAUAGGGCACAUUUUCACUUUAGCCUAUGCUUGUAUGGACAGGACAGUGCUAUAACUGUUUUCUACUAAGGGUGUGGACUGGUCAUUGACAGUAUGUGUGAUUGUAUGUGUCCUCUGUCCCCCGUAGGCACGGUGGCUAUUGACCUGCAGGACUCCAGUGACAGCAGCCCAGAGGGCCAGGGCCCAGGGGAUAUGACCAUGGGCAGUGGGGGAGGUGGCAGGGCCAGCCGGGUAGAGGGGGGGCUGGGGGGCGCUAACACCCUGGCCCUCCCAGCCACAGCAGACUCUGCUGAGGAGAGACGCCACAGCAUCGCCCCUGUCCUGGAGCUGGUGGACGGGGUCAACUCAGCAACCUUCGACCUGCUGGGGGACCAAUCAGAGGACGAGGGCGGGGACGAGGGGAAGGAGGAGGGGGACGGAGAUGAGAAGGGCCAGUGGGGGGUUGGACACUGCCAGUAAGUAUUUAGGAAUUGCCGGGGGUCUAAUGUGUGUUUGAAUUAGUUUAUUUGAGUCCUGCUAUGUUGUGUCCUCAGACCCAGGUGUAAAUGUGUUUGUGUGUUUCUGUCUGUCUUUGUGUGUGUGUGUGUGUGUGUGUGUGUGUGUGUGUGUGUGUGUGUGUGUGUGUGUGUGUGUGUGUGUGUGUGUGUGUGUGUGUGUGUGUGCGUGUGCGUGUGUGUGCGUGCGUGCGUGCGUGCAUGUGGCAGGUGGGUGAAGGGGUACCCGCUGAACUCUCCGUACAUUGGCAGUUCCCCUGCCUUGUGUCACCUGCUGCAGGAAAAAAUGCCCUUCUGCUGUCUGCGCCUGGACAAGGUGGGAAUCAGUCUACUUCUGGCUUACUUACCCUCAACUAGAACCAUCCUACCUCUCUACCUACCUCCUCUUUGAUGAUGAUGAUGAUGACCUUCAUGUAAUCCAUUAGAAUUCAUUUUCGGUGUCAUCUCCCUCUCCUAUAGGCCUGCCACCACAUCCCGUUUGAGGACGCUCGGUCCUACGGCUUUAAGAACAAGCUGAUCAUCGUGUCGGCGGAGAGUGCAGGAAACGGCCUAUACAACUUUAUCGCGCCCCUGAGGGCUUACUACCGCCCCAGGAAAGAGCUCAACCCCAUUGUGUUGCUACUGGAGACCAUGUGAGUGGAAACAGACACACUGCAGGAAACCAUAGAAUAACAGAUCUAGAACAUUGUAAGUCUCUAUGGUGUGAUCACACUGCAGGUGGAGCAUAAAGAAGGGGCCGUCUUAUAGGAUGGUCUCAUUUUAAGAUUUCCAUUAACAUAAUUUACUGUAUAAAAAUGUCUAUGUUUCAAGAGUUUAUGUGCACUCUGCAGUGCACUGUGCGCAUAAUAUGAAAUAUAACUGUGGUUUCUCCAGGUGCGCAACCCCAAUAUGGGCAUAUUAAAGUGGAAUCCAAUAAAAGGCCAAUAAAAAGCUGAGUCAUGGCCAUGUAGUGGUUUGCAAUCCCACUGUUCUCUGCACACAGCAGCCAGACUUUAGAUUUCUCUUGCUGAUUGGGGGUUCUCUAGUAACCUGUGUCACAGAUCUGUUUGUGCUGUCUUGCCAACUCCUAUGGUGAUUAGCGCAUGACAAUAAUAAUAAAAAUAAUAGCAUAGGACCAUCAUAAGAGAUAAUGGGAGUUACAGGAGUUGGCAAGACAGCACAAACAGAUCUGGGACUCAGGCUACUUCUCUAUCUCUACCACUGCAGGGAGCCUGUCUGUUUGUUAUGGUAGCUAUACGUUUGUGCUGUAUGUAAUCCAUAUGUGUUGUGAUUGAUUCAGACCUGAGCCAGACUUCCUGGAGGCUAUCUGCUGGUUCCCCAUGGUGUUCUACACAGUGGGCUCCAUUGACAAGUAAGAGAAUCCUCCUCAGUACCCUCGUGGCAUCACUCUGCUUUGCUUUUCACUCCUACUUCUAAUUCAUACUUUAGCAUCUACAUUCCCCUGAUUGACUUUGUUUUGUACGGUGUAUUGCAUCAGUUUGUCAUUCCCGCUCUCUGCUCACUGCUAUUUCUCUGUAUAUCCACAGCGUCAGUUCUGUUCCAAUCUUUCUCUAUCUCUCUCUCUCUUUCCCCUUCUCUCUUUCCCCCUCUAGCCUGGACAGUCUGCUGCGUUGUGGAGUGACGUUUGCUGACACCAUGGUGGUGGUUGAUAAAGAGAGCUCCAUGAUUGCUGAGGAGGACUACAUGGCAGACGCCAAGACCAUAGUCAACGUCCAGACCCUCUUUAGGUUGGCUGCUCAACCAUACACAACCAUUACACAACCAUUACACAUCCUUCACACAACCAUACCCAACCAUACCAUCCUGCAGAAUCCAACAUUCCUGUGUACAGUCUACACAUGGUUCAGUUGUUCGUGUGCAUUCAUAGAUAUCUGCAUUCAGCAAGCAUUCUUGAUUGUGUCUCUUUCAUCUGUCCUCCCAGACUGUUCCCAGCCCUCAGCAUCAUUACUGAGCUCACCCACCCAGCCAACAUGCGCUUCAUGCAGUUCAAAGUCAAAGACCACUACUCCCUGGCUCUCUCCAAGCUGGAGAAGGUAACAUUGUAUUAUCGUACUCUCUCUGAUGAGUCGGACCAUCCUAGUCAGACCAUCUAAUGAUGGGUCAUGUUGGAAAGUCAAAAGGAAGUGGUACUCCAUUAAUGUAAUGCUUUUACAUUUCCCCCUCUCUCUCCCUGUCUCUCUCUCUCCCUGUCUCUCUCUCUCCCUGUCUCUCUCUCCCUGUCUCUCUCUCUCACUGUCUCUCUCCCUGUCUCUCUCUCUCCCUGUCUUUCUCUCCCUGUCUCUCUCUCUCCCUGUCGCUCUCUCUCGUCUCUCUCUCUCCCUGUCUCUCCCUGUCUCUCUCACUCCCUGUCUCUCUCGCUCCCUGUCUCUCUCUCUCCCUGUCUCUCUCUCUCUCACUGUCUCUCUCUCCCUGUCUCUCUCUCCCUGUCUCUCUCUCCACGUCUCUCUCUUCCUGUCUCUCUCUCUCCCUGUCUUUCUCUCCCUGUUUCUCUCUCCCUGUCUCUCUCUCCGUCUCUCUCUCUCCGUCUCUCUCACUCCCUGUCUCUCUCGCUCCCUGUCUCUCUCUCUCCCUGUCUCUCUCUCCCUGUCUCUCUCUCCCUGUCUCUCUCUCCCUGUCUCUCUCUCCCUGUCUCUCUCUCCCUGUCUCUCUCUCCCUGUUUCUCUCUCUCCCUGUCUCUCUCUCCCUGUUUCUCUCUCUCCCUGUCUCUCUCUCUCCCUGUCUCUCUCUCUUCCUGUCUCUCUCGCUCCCUGUCUCGCUCUCUCCCUGUCUCUCUCGCUCCUUGUCUCUCUCUCCCUGUCUCUCUCUCCUUGUCUCUCUCUCUCUCCCUCUCUCUCUCUCUCCCUGUCUCUCUCUCCCUGUUUCCUUCUUCCUGUGUAUGGUGAUCUUAUAGAAAGAGAGAGAGGGGGGCUCCAACCUGGUCUUCAUGUUUCGUCUACCCUUCGCUGCGGGGAAGGUGUUCAGUGUCAGUAUGCUGGAUACUCUACUGUAUCAGGUUAGUCCAAAUUCUCACCCCAGCCCAGCAACGCUCCAUAUCUCCAAACUCAGUCUACAAUAUUUGUAUUGCCCCUUAAUUGAUCAAUGACCCUCUGUUGUUUGUUCCCACCAGUCCUUUGUGAAGGAUUACAUGAUUUCCAUCACGAGACUGUUGCUGGGACUAGACUCCAUGCCUGGCUCAGGCUUCCUCUGUGCUGUGAGUAUACAGUAUACAGCCCUGCUUAGAUGGUACUGAGGUUGAAAGGACAUUAGUGUAGAUGCCUGGUACUGAGGUUGAAGGGACAUUAGUGUAGAUGCCUGGUACUGAGGUUGAAGGGACAUUAGGGUAGAUGCCUGGUACUGAGGUUGAAGGGACAUUAAUGUUGCUGCCUGGUACUGAGAUUGAAGGGACAUUAAUGUUGCUGCCUGGUACUGAGGUUGAAGGGACAUUAGGGUAGAUGCCUGGUACUGAGGUUGAAGGGACAUUAAUGUUGCUGCCUGGUACUGAGAUUGAAGGGACAUUAAUGUUGCUGCCUGGUACUGAGGUUGAAGGGACAUUAGUGUAGAUGCCUGGUACUGGAUGAUGAAGGUGGGGUGUUUGGGCUCAUAGAUGAAGAUCACUGAGGAGGACCUGUGGAUCAGCCCUGCUUAGAUGGUACUGAGGUUGAAAGGACAUUAGUGUAGAUGCCUGGUACUGAGGUUGAAGGGACAUUAGUGUAGAUGCCUGGUACUGAGGUUGAAGGGACAUUAGGGUAGAUGCCUGGUACUGAGGUUGAAGGGACAUUAAUGUUGCUGCCUGGUACUGAGAUUGAAGGGACAUUAAUGUUGCUGCCUGGUACUGAGGUUGAAGGGACAUUAGGGUAGAUGCCUGGUACUGAGGUUGAAGGGACAUUAAUGUUGCUGCCUGGUACUGAGAUUGAAGGGACAUUAAUGUUGCUGCCUGGUACUGAGGUUGAAGGGACAUUAGUGUAGCUGCCUGGUACUGAGGUUUAAGGGAGAUUAAUGUUGCUGCCUGGUACUGAGGUUGAAGGGGCAUUCAUGUAGCUGCCUGGUACUGAGGUUGAAGGGACAUUAGUGUACCUGCCUGGUACUGAGGUUGAAGGGACAUUAGGGUAGAUGCCUGGUACUGAGGUUGAAGGGACAUUAAUGUUGCUGCCUGGUACUGAGAUUGAAGGGACAUUAAUGUUGCUGCCUGGUACUGAGGUUGAAGGGACAUUAGUGUAGCUGCCUGGUACUGAGGUUGAAGGGACAUUAGUGUAGCUGCCUGGUACUGAGGUUGAAGGGACAUUAAUGUAGCUGCCUGGUACUGAGGUUGAAGGGACAUUAAUGUAGCUGCCUGGUACUGAGGUUGAAGGGACAUUAAUGUUGCUGCCUGGUACUGAGGUUGAAGGGACAUUAAUGUUGCUGCCUGAUACUGAGGUUGAAGGGACAUUAAUGUAGCUGCCUGGUACUGAGGUUGAAGGGUAUUAGUGUAGCUGCCUGGUACUGAGGUUGAAGGGACAUUAGUGUAGCUGCCUGGUACUGAGGUUGAAGGGACAUUAUUGUAGCUGCCUGGUACUGAGGUUGAAGGGACAUUAGUGUAGCUGCCUAGUACUGAGGUUGAAGGGACAUUAUUGUAGCUGCCUGGUACUGAGGUUGAAGGGACAUUAGUGUAGCUGCCUGGUACUGAGGUUGAAGGGACAUUAUUGUAGCUGCCUGGUACUGAGGUUGAAGGGACAUUAAUGUUGCUGCCUGGUACUGAGGUUGAAGGGACAUUAGUGUAGCUGCCUGGUACUGAGGUUGAAGGGACAUUAUUGUAGCUGCCUGGUACUGAGGUUGAAGGGACAUUAAUGUUGCUGCCUGGUACUGAGGUUGAAGGGACAUUAAUGUAGCUGCCUGGUACUGAAGAUGAUGAAGGUGGGGUGUUUGGGCUCAUAGAUGAAGAUCACUGAGGAGGACCUGUGGAUCCGCACCUAUGGUCGACUCUACCAGAAACUGUGCUCCUCCACUGGUGACAUCCCCAUCGGCAUCUACCGCACUGAAGCACAAAAGCUACCAGUCUCUGAGGUACCUGUCUGGAAAGAAAGAUCACCAUUUACAGGAAUCAAUGACACCAAGCAGUACAUCAUCAUGACGUUUUAGUGAUAAAACAUCAACACCCAGAAUAAAAACUCAACUCACUCAAUAACAACUCACAAUAGAAACAGCUGCUGCUUGAUAUUGGUCUGAGCUGUGUGUGUGUGUCUCUCUCUCAGUCCCAGGUGUCCAUCACAGUGGAGGACUAUGAGGACACCAGAGAGCCCAGGGAGCCCCUGCUGUCCCGGAGGGGUCCCCACCGCAACUCCACCUCCUCCGAGCCCCCCUCCUCUUCCUCCCACUCCUCGGACCACCCCCUCCUCCGGCGGAAGAGCAUGCAGUGGGCCAGAAGGCUGAGCAGGAAGGGGGGUCGGGGGCACAGCGGGUCGAAGGGGGGCACAGGGAGCGCUGCGGAGAGGAUCAGCCAGCAGAGAUUGACCCUGUUCAGACGCUCUGAGAGACAGGAGCUCAACGCUCUGGUCCGCAUGCGUAUGAAACACCUAGGCCUCUCACCCACCGGAUUCAGUGAGUACUGUUGGAUAUGUUCUGAGGGGUGGAUGUGUGGUCAUGUAGCACUGCACUGCGCCUGCCUAAUGCAAUAGAACAGUUUGCUCAUAGCUUUGUGUUUUCCUCCACAAUUUAUUUAUCAACAUUACUAAGAAACAACUUAAUUGGUAUCAUUUGAGUUCCUGUGACAUGGCAUGUUUAUUUCCUGUCUUGUGGUGUGUACUUCCUGUGUCAGACGGGAUGACGGACCAGGGCAACAGGUUGUCUUACAUCCUCAUCAACCCCUCUCCUGACACCAGGCUGGAGCUGCACGAUGUGGUGUGAGUACACAAUAUCAUGAUGGCUCAGUCAAAUCACACAUCAUCAGCAAUCAAUUUCACACAAUUUCCCUCAAUAUACUGGUUAAAUUAAGUCUUGCACAUUCACUCAGGAAGAAAUCAUUAAAGAUAAGUGGGUAACACUUCCUAAAAAAGCCUGCAGGUAUAAUGUUUUAUAAUGGUGUAUAACUUAAUAUAAGAAUGUAUAAGCAUUUCUUAAAUGUAUUAUUCAUCUGUCUUGGUGUGUGUCCCAUGUCCAGGUACCUGAUCAGGCCAGACCCUCUGUCUCUGUUGCCUAACCAGGGGGGCGGUAGGAAGACUAGCAACAGCCGCUCCGAGAGCCACAGGUUCGACACACAGAACAGCACCCAUUUGUGAGCGUAGACAACGGAACUCAGCAGCAUAGUGG